AUGUUCUUGGUGGCGAACUUGAUGGGAAUUCGGAAUGAUUUCAUUGUCGAAUGGAUCUUGAAGCGGUAUCAGGAGACGGCAACACCGACCGACAUCACCGUGGUUGUCGGAGAACUCCCGCCCGAACCGCCCAAGCAAGCAGUCGAGGACGCAAUGUACGCAACCGGAGCUGUGGCGGAGGAUGUGAAUGGGACAAUCGGCAAACCCCACGAAAACACGGACAUAGUCAAGCACGAGAGCCAAGGGAACCCACAGAGGCAACAAGCAAGGGCGCCCCACAACGUGGCGAGGCGGAAGCCGAAGCGCCAGAAACGUUAG